UAAGGUGCAUAUAAAGAAGAGGAACCGUUUACACGCCCAAAAGAUGAAUGAUCUGGUGUUUGUAAUGUACAACCUUAAAUUGAAGCAAAAACAACUAAAGCGAGCUUCCAAGUAUCAACCCCCAGUUGUUCCUGUUUUAGAUGACUUGUCAUCAGAUGAUGAAUGGAUAACAGAAAUUGAGGAUCCUGUUCUUCCAGAAGAUGGAGCAUGGUUGAAUGUCCUUGAUAGAGCAGCAAGAAGAGCAGCUAAAGAAGCCUCGAAUAUAAUGCCUGGGAAUGAGGAAGAAAUCAAUCAAUCACAAAAUGCGGGUGUCGAGCAACUUGUAAUUAGUGACGACGAGAAUGAUGUGGCUGCUUGUGUUGCUUCAAAUGAGGUUCAUGAUUCUGGAAACUUAGAAACUGAUUUUGGGGAUGGUGAUGGUGAUGAUUAUGAUUAUGAUGAUCUCAAUGUCACAGGAACCGGAACAUCAGGAGCAUUAAGUGAUUUUGCUGAUGACGGAAAUUUUGGCUAUGAUGAAAAUUAA